CAUCACCUAUAAGCCAUAGCGCUGAUGUCUCCUGAUUUAAAACCUUCCCUCAAGCUUCACAGACACAGAGAAGCAGAAUCUGCCAACAAAGAAGUUUCCUGCUGCGCAACACUUGACUUUUACAGCUCAGAAUGGAAGGUGUCUUCAUCCUGCUGGUGGCGGCGCUGGUCGUUUGUGUCCAAGGAACGUCUCAUUUGUCCUUUUCCAACAACACUGAGCAGGUGAACAUCACACUCGACGGCUGCGGAGUCACUAAAUUGUGCCUGUCGACCCCAGACAGCUGCGACCCCGCCGGGCAGAGCGCCUGUCUGUUCGCGUCUUCGGCCGUCGUGACCACCAGCCCCCCGGUGGCCGACAGCGUUGAGCUGGCCGUCGAACUCCGAGGAGACUCCGGAGGGUACAUCGCACUGGGCCUCAUUUCGAGUACCUCGCCGGGAACCACCAUGCUGUUUGUUUGCGCUGCAAACACAACAAACAACGGGGCGAUCUUCUUCUUCAGGACGUUGCAGAGGAACAACACAGACGAAGCGCUCAUUCCCACGGAGACGAGGGUGAAAGAAAUCCGCGGCACGGUGGCUGGAACUGUGAUCAAGUGCGAGUUCAACAUAGAGUCCCUGAACGCCACCAACAUCUUCAACGUCCUCCUCGGGACCGGAGCGGUUAACGGGACUGCUGUCGGCCCCUUCAAUAUCGACCUGAACGCCGGCCGUGUGAACCUGACAGUGACCAACAGUGGUGGAGCUGUCCGGCCUCAUGCUGUGCUGCUCCUGCUGAGCGUCCUCACACUGUCGGUCAUGCUGAGAGCCUGAGAGGACGAAUAACAUGACGACGGUGUCAAGCUAUGUAUAAAAUGUUCUUACUGCACUUUAUUAGACAUGUUUUAACCUUUUAACUUGGUUUAUACUUUAAGAUGAAACUCACUUGUUUUAGUGACUAUAUAAUUACUUUUCUGCAGAGGACUAUAUAUAUAUAUUUAAUUAAUUACAGUUUUUCCGUUUGUCAACGUUUCCUCCUAAACUUGCCCGUCAGGCUCUGCAAGCUAUUUCUGGUCUGAGUUUGAGCCGUUUCUUGGCAGAAAACCUCAAAUCACAAACAUCCAUGUGGGGAAAACCCAAAAUGUUUUUAUUCUGAAAUGUACUGUGACUGUAAAAUAGCUGUUCAUGGGACAAUGAAAGAUUUCCAUAUGUAUAUAUUAAUAAUAAAGUUGGAACUAUA